CCCAUACCCAGCAGACGAGGAGAAGAUAGAUUGACCAUAAAGAGAAAAGAUUGUGGUAGCUAAAGGUUAUGUCAGGACUUUUACAAAAACUGAGGAGAAGAGGAACCAGAAAGUAACCUCAAAGCACCUAAAAAAAAACACAUCCGAUUUAAGGAAGGCAAUUAUCGCAUGAGAUUGUUACAUAAUGGAUCCAACUCAUGAAAGUCAGCUAAAACGAUGGAUUUGUUCUAAGCCAAAGCAGCACCAAAAGAGGAGUGAAAGUGAAGCCUUGCGAUCAUUAACAUUGACCCCCCUGCUCGCCAGCUGCCAGAGGGGCCAAGAAUCUGGGAUGAGAAGAACAAUUGUUACUCAAGAGAAUGUUAAUUCCAGUAGCCGAUCCAAACACAAUGUUGUAGAAUACAGUCCUGUUGAUUCAGACUCUGAUCUGUACCCUCAGCCUAGUCGAAUUUUUUCUUCAGAAGAAGCAUCAAGAGUUAUAAAGUCCAUCUUAGAUGAAGAGCUUCAGGGUUGUGCUUACGAGGCUACAGGAAGUCAGAGGAGAGCAAUGGAGCUUGCGGAGUUAGUUAAAGCAGCUGUAAGGGACCUUGGGUAUGAGAGGUACAAGCUUGUCUGCUAUGUAGUGUUAGGUCCAGUAUCAGGAGGGAACAUAUACUGCUGUAGCCGAAGUGUGUGGAGUCCAAACUCGGAUACAUAUGCAGAAUAUGUGUUCCAAAAUCAGUCUCUGUUUGCACUGUGCAUCGUGUAUGCUGGAUAUUAUGAGUAA